CUUCUGCCGCGGGCGGCUGGCCCAGCUGGAGGAAGCGGCGGCGGCGGCCACGAUGAGUGCGGGCGACGCAGUGUGCACCGGCUGGCUCGUUAAGUCGCCCCCCGAGAGGAAGCUACAGCGCUACGCCUGGCGCAAGCGCUGGUUUGUCCUCCGGCGAGGCCGCAUGAGCGGCAACCCCGAUGUCUUGGAGUACUACAGGAACAAGCACUCCAGCAAGCCUAUCCGGGUAAUAGACCUCAGCGAGUGUGCAGUGUGGAAGCAUGUGGGCCCCGGCUUUGUUCGGAAGGAAUUUCAGAAUAAUUUCGUGUUCAUUGUCAAGACUACUUCCCGUACAUUCUACCUGGUGGCCAAAACUGAGCAAGAAAUGCAGGUGUGGGUGCACAGCAUCAGUCAGGUCUGCAACCUUGGCCACCUGGAGGAUGGCACAGCAGAUUCCAUGGAGAGCCUGUCUUACACACCCUCCUCCCCGCAGCCAUCCUCUGCCGGCUCCCUUCAUACCGCCCAUGCUGCCAGCUCCUCCUUGCCAAGAGAUGACCCAAACACUAAUGCUGUAGCCACUGAGGAAACAAGAAGUGAGUCAGAGCUUCUCUUCCUUCCAGAUUAUCUGGUUUUGUCCAACUGUGAGACUGGAAGACUGCACCAUACCAGUCUACCCACCAGAUGUGAUAGCUGGUCAAACUCAGACCGUUCAUUGGAACAGGCUUCAUUUGAUGACGUUUUUGUUGACUGCCUGCAGCCGCUCCCAUCCAGUCAUUUGGUCCACCCCUCAUGCCCUGGCAAUGGAGCUCAGGAGGUGCCAUCCUCGAGGCCUCAGCCUGCCCUGAUCUGGAGUAGAGAAAUCAAUGGGCCACCCAGGGACCACUUGUCUUCUUCACCAUUGCUGGGAAGUUCCUUAAGUUCCACCAUUCAGGUAGAUAAAAAUCAAGGUUCCUUACCCUGUGGAGCAAAAGAACUAGACAUUAUGUCCAACACUCCACCUCCCCGCCCCCCUAAGCCAAGCCAUCUGUCUGAACGGCGCCAAGAGGAGUGGAGUACACACAGUGGCAGCAAGAAGCCAGAAUGCACUCUGGUUCCCAGAAGAAUCUCUCUCUCUGGUUUAGACAACAUGAGAACGUGGAAAGCUGAUGUAGAAGGCCAAUCCUUAAGACACCGAGACAAGCGACUUAGUUUAAAUUUGCCAUGCAGGUUCUCCCCAAUGUACCCCACAGCUUCAGCCAGUAUCGAAGACAGCUAUGUGCCCAUGAGCCCCCAGGCUGGUGCCUCUGGUCUUGGACCCCACUGCAGCCCUGAUGACUACAUUCCAAUGAACUCAGGAAGCAUCUCAAGCCAGUUGCCUGAGCUACCUGCAGACCUGGAACCUCCCCCAGUGAAUAGAGAUCUCAAGCCUCAGAGGAAACCACGGCCACCUCCUCUGGACCUGAGAAACCUCUCCACUAUCCGGGAGCAUGCAUCUCUUACCAGGACCCGCACUGUGCCUUGCAGUCGAACCAGCUUUCUCUCUCCAGAAAGAAAUGGUAUUAAUUCUGCAAGAUUUUUUGCUAAUCCUGUUUCCAGAGAAGAGGAAGAAAGCUACAUCGAAAUGGAGGAGCACCGAACAACCAGUUCCCUGAGCAGUGGUGCUCUUACGUGGACAAAGAAAUUCAGCCUAGAUUAUUUGGCCCUGGACUUCAAUUCAGCAUCACCAGCCCCCAUGCAGCAGAAACUUCUCCUUUCAGAAGAACAAAGAGUAGACUAUGUCCAAGUGGAUGAGCAGAAGACACAGGCUCUCCAGAGCACAAAACAGGAGUGGACGGAUGAGAGGCAAUCCAAAGUAUGAGAAACAGGGAAACUUGGGGCUCAGUUUGAGUUUUUUCUAUUUUUUUCUUUUCAACUAAAAACACACUGAUGGUCAACACAGGUCAAAACCAAGAGAGACUGUGUAGUUUUCAAGGUCUUGGCCAGAACCUUUAGGAAAGAAGACCUCUUUAUACAUUGAAGGAACAAAAGAAGGAAGCAGUUGCCUUCCUGAGGGGGCUGUGAGAGAAUCUAGCCUCCCCCCUGUCUUAUCGGAGCAAAGAUUGGAGUGAGUGUUGCCCAAGAUUAUCACAAAGCCAAGACCCAGAGUCCGGCUUAGAAUACAGUUGUCCAGGCUGCCAAUUGCAAACUCAUUCCUCUACCUCAUACUUCCUCUGAGGAUUUUGACAAAAUGGAUUAAUUGGGUGAGCCUUGGAGACAUGUGGGAAACACCUGCAGACACAAAAUGAGUAGGGAUCUGAACAGUUUUGAUACUUGAAAGGUGUGCGUGUCAAGUGAGGGUUUCUUUGUGCGAUGUUCAACUGGAACUCUAUCAUCAGUAGUUACAAUUAGAAAUACCUACUGAUGGUCAGUCUGAAGGCCAUUCUCAUGGUCCCCUAUGCAGUGUGUUUCCCUGUGAGCUGGCUAAUGCUAGCAGAGGAAUUUUUACCACCUUGGGGAAGGCGUAGGUUGUCCCUGGCUAUCCUAUGAUGGGCCCAAGCUUUUGAGUGAUAGAGAAAAAUGACCAGGAGAAACCUAUGAAUUCCAUUCUUAGGUUUCCCAGCCAAUUGCUCCCCUCUGCCUGAGAAGUAACUAGGUACUGAGAGUACAAACACUCCCACUUUAUAAUGAGGGUGUCAUGUCACCCCUUCCUUUACAGGUCCUGGGGUCCAGGACACCCAGAAUGAAGGUGUUAGUUGGGCAUGAAGUGUUAUUUAAUGUCUGUUCUUGAUCCUUCUGAGCACCUACAGCUGGAAACUAAGCAGAUACUGGUCCUGCAUUCUGACUGAGAUUUUGUCUUCUUUAUGAGGAUAGAUCAAAUUGGCAGUCAGGCCCAUGAUAGUCAGUGCAGUUGGGGCAGUUGUAGACUUUGCUACAGGAUUUCAGGGUUUCCAAUCACCCCACAGGUAAGUAAAUGCCAAAGUCUUCUUUUUUCAGACCAUACAAGAAGUCAUUUUGAUUUUCAAAGAAGCCAUAUUGAUUUUCAAAGAAGCAGGUUCUGGUGACAUUAUUUUCUUCCUUGGACAAAGUGGGGGAAAAUUUCUAAGUAUUUUAACUGAGUUCAGAGUCCUUAGUGAGCCUGGACAGAGCAAGGAGAGGUCUCCCCACUCCCUAAGCCCCACAGCCAGCUCUGCAUCACCACACACAGCCAAAGCCGGUGAGGAGCUGCCUUCCUCCCCAUGUGACUUGCAAAGAGACUCAGGCAAGAAACCAGGGCUUCAAACUGCCAAUUCCCAUGUGUGGAGCACUUGUGUUAGGAUCACUGAUUAUCUGACAAAGGCUGAUGCAGAAAAAAAUUGUAGGCCCAAGUGUCAAGAACCACACCAGAUUGGAGAUAGAAAAGAAUAGCUGAAAUUAUGUCAGCAGUGAAAUGUCACUCAAUUGACCCCCCCAAAAAGAAAAGAAAUCUGUUUCUACAAAACAUUUCCAGAAACGUAUUUAUAGCAUGAAGAAAUACACACAUGGGUAGUGUGACCUGUUUGGAUGUGAUUACUGAAAAAUGGAAUGCUCUGAAUAGGCACUCUCUGCAUUAAAGGUAUGGAAGGUGAUAGGGGUCAGAAUUUUAAAAUUUUAAUUUUGAAAAUGGUGACUCACCCCUCAUUUCCAGAGUGUAUGCAAUUGUGUCCUGCUUUGAUAACUGUUAGAGGAUGGCUAUGCAAAAGCAUAAUGAUUCAAGGAAACAAAGUACAGGUAGUUUUUGAGCUGACACCAGCAAAGGUACCAUAAGUCAAAAUAUUGGUUUUGGUGGAGAUGAUCGAUGUGUGUGUGAGAGAGAGCUAUGUUUCUGACCAAGGGCCUGAUGUUUGUUACAGAAAUGAUCCCAGAGACCUACAAGAUGUGGGAAUCAGCAUAACAGGGCAAUGCAGCAAUUAACCCCACUUUGUUUUCUGUAGUUCCUUUUUGUUUCAUUUUCUUCUGUCUCAUCGCGUUAGAAAAUUCCUCCCAGUCAGGAGUUGUCCAGUGCAGGACAGGGGACCCAAGAGUCUCAAGCUUGCAAGUCCAGAAGGUGACAAACCCAGGAGCACUGGGAGUUAAGCUUUCCUUGGGGAAGGAAGAGCCUCGAGGUCCAGCACACAGCCUGGCUCUAAAGGCACGAAGCGACCUGCCCACCGCACAGUCCACUUCACAGGAUCAGCUGAAUCAUGACCUUUAAAAGUUCCAAGUUGACACUGAAGGCUGUCCUCAGACCUGGCUUUUUCCUCAGUCCCUGUUCAUACCAUCUCUGCACCCCCAAUCAUACUGAUUUUUCAAAUUCAUUUUGUUUUUACUGUUUCAUUUCUGGUGUUAAUAAAAGUCUUAUAAGGAGGAA